AUGGCAGACUCAACACAACAGGCAGCAAAGCUAGACAAUGCUGGAACGCUCCAGGCGUCGGUUCUGGCAGGUAUCAUUCCCGACAAGAUCACUAUAUUACCAGGACAUGAACCCGACUACUCUGCCUGUACUUUCUGCCUCGCUCAGGAGGACCACACAUUAGGCAAUGCCUUACGAUGGAUGAUCAUGAAAGACGCCGACGUCGAGUUCUGCGGAUACUCGGCACCACACCCCUCAGAACCGAAGAUCCACCUUCGGAUACAGAUGUACGAAAACCUUUCAGCCGUUGAUUGUCUCCGGAAAGCAUUAGCCAACCUGCGCGAUCUGCUUACGACCGUCAAAGACAAGUACGAGUUGUCACUAGCAUCUGACGACUUUGUCCGCGAAGACGACGUCGACGUAGCAAAGCUCGUCAAGCGCACAUUAGCAUCGAGGGGCUUCGGAGAUGGGGUAGAAGCGGACGAGGACGAGAUCAUGGUGGACUAG